UAUAGAAAAUAACCAAUUAAAAUGCUUGUCCAGAAAGAUAGUCUAAUGAAAUAAACCAAUCACAAAGAUAAAAUUGACUUACAAUCCAUCCUUCUCUCCUAAUUGUAUGUUGAUUGGUUUAUUGAAGAUUGAUCGAUAGGCUCUGCCUUCAAGGUAAUAUUGCAAGGUAGAUAGGUAAAAACAAAAUGUAUUCAUGCCUCAGUCUCAUGGUCCAACUCUUCGGGGCUGUAUACACUAACACCUUGUGCCCGUGUCAAUUUUCAGGCCGCCCGCUUCUGUCGACCGCCUUGUGCGCCGAGCUGUCACGCGCCAAGGUAACAAUAAAUUGUAUAUAUUAUCCGUGUGGAAAUCACUCUAUGCUCAGAUAAUAUGUACCUGUUGAAAUCAUCAAAUGCAGGCGGAGGAAUAUUUACUACGCCUAUUGUUGUUACUUCUUCUACUACUCCUACAAGUACAUCAUCUCCACAUCGACAAAUUCUUCUACCGCCAGUUUCUACAGUUCAUCUUUCAUCAUCAUCCGCGUCAUCCGUAUCAUUGUCACAAUCGAUUAAUUCACAUGAUUUUUGUACAGAAGCAUAUUUUAAAACAAAUGAAUCAUCAUCAUCACAUGAUUUUGUAAUAAGUAAGACUAUUGAAGAUGUCACUGAUCCUGGAAUACUACUUGAUGAUGUUACCGAUGGUGUUGUUGGCGGUCGUCUACAACAUAAACACAAUACAAUUAGUACUAGUAGUCAUGAUGAAGGUAUUGAAGAAACCGAUGUUGGUGUUGCCGUUGCUGAUACUCUUUUAUUCGAUGAUAUAUCUGCUGCCAUCGAAGCAAUCAAUGCAGCGAAUCGUUUAAAUUCUUCAUAUACCGAUGAUAUUUGUGAUGAUACUGGUAAUGUUGAUGAUGAUAAUGAUGAUGACGUCGUUGGAGAAUCGAUUGACACUACCACCGGUAUUAUAGUACAACAAUCACAAAAUAUUCCAACAAUUGCAACACUUCAUCCAAUCGGAUUGUCCGCCUGUUCUACAUCUACCUCCUCUGGUCUAGAUCAAUUUAUUACGCAUUCAAUGUUUGUAAAUAUUCCAAUGACAAGUAAUAGUACUACCACUACUACUACUACUAUGCCUUCGAUGAUUGAUUAUCAUCAAUCUCCUGGAUUGUUAUUCAAUUCUAAUAAUAAUAAUGAUAAUAAUAAUAAUAAUAAUACUCAUGCAUACAUUCAAAUUGUGAAGAAACAAGACUCGUUAACGAAUACCUCUCAUGGUAGUGUUACUACAACUACUGCGGGUAGUUGUACUACUAAUAUCGAUAUUAGUAGUAGUAAUAGUAGUGCUAUUCGUAUUCCGCCUUUAUUGACAACUACUCCUCGGCCUAUGAAGAACACUUCCAGCAUGACAUCAUCAUCACUGUCUCAAUCCAAUUGGCGUUUUUUAUUACGACCAAUAUUUGAAAAAAUUUUAAUUGAAAAGCUAUGGACUAGUGGUGAAUUAGGUGCAUCGAAUCCCUAUUCUUUAUUACUAUCAAUGUGGUUUUUUAUAUCACGAUAUUUUGGUAUUGGUUGUCGAACAGAUCAUGCUAAAUUAGCUUAUGGAAAUAUUAUUAUUGAAAGGAAUACAGAAACUGGUGAAAGGUAUUUACGAUUUACAAGGUGAGUUGCAGUUAUUAUGCAUUUAUUAUUGAUUUAGUAUUAUUAUUGUUGUUACUAUUCCUUUGCGUUCUUGGGUGGGCUGACUGAUUGACUGAACACACCUUGAGCACUAGAAGUCUUCGAAUGUUUGGUAUGCGAUUCGCUCCCCCGGUCAAAUGUAUUAUGAUGAUGACGCUACACGACUGGGCUACAUCGGCUUCUGUUAGCUUAAAAAUAGGUCGGGGGGGGG